UUCUGCAGCAGAGGAAACAUGGCGGCGUCCCUGAUCUGUAGCCGCUUGACGGCCAGCCUGAGAAACUCUGGGGCCAAGACCACUAUUACCUCCGCUUCAAAGGUUCUCGGUGGCUCCUCGGGUCUUCUGGGUUGCCAUGGCAGCCAGCAGCAGCAGCAAAAGAGGGGUCUGUCUCUGCAUGAGUACAUGAGCCUUGGCCUGCUGAAGGAGGCAGGGAUCGCCGUCCCUGAUGGCAUGGUGGCCAGCUCCUCUGAGGAGGCCUACUCCGUUGCCAAACAGAUCGACUCCAAGGAUCUGGUGGUGAAAGCCCAGGUGCUGGCUGGAGGCCGAGGGAAGGGGACGUUUGAGGGUGGGCUGAAAGGAGGCGUGAAGAUCGUCUACUCACCAGAGGAGGCGCGUGACAUCUCCUCUCAGAUGAUUGGUCGGAAGCUGUACACCAAGCAGACGGGGGAGGCGGGGCGUAUCUGUAACCAGGUGUUCAUCUGUGAGCGCAGGUAUCCUCGCAGGGAGUACUACUUCGCCAUCACCAUGGAUAGGUCUUUCAAGGGCCCUGUGCUGAUUGGCAGCUCCCAGGGUGGCGUGAACAUCGAGGAUGUUGCGGCGGAGAACCCCGACGCCAUCAUCAAGGAGCCUAUCGACAUCGUAGAGGGCAUCAAGAUGGAGCAGGCCGUUUCGAUAGCUGAGAAGAUGGGGUUCCCGCAGCUGCUGGUGAAGGAAGCAGCAGAGAACAUGAUCAAACUGUACAACGUCUUCAUGAAGUACGACGCAUCCAUGCUGGAGAUCAACCCAAUGGUGGAGGACGCCUCGGGCAUCGUGAUGUGCAUGGACGCCAAAAUCAACUUUGACUCCAACGCGGCGUAUCGCCAGAAGAGGGUGUUUGAUAUGCAGGACUGGACCCAGGAGGACCCUAGGGACCGGCAGGCGGCCAAGGCAGACCUCAACUACAUCGGCCUGGACGGCACCAUCGGCUGCCUGGUCAACGGAGCUGGUCUGGCGAUGGCGACCAUGGACAUCAUCAAGCUGCACGGUGGAACGCCCGCCAACUUCCUGGACGUAGGGGGUGGAGCCACGGCUCACCAGGUGACCGAGGCGUUCAAGCUCAUCACCUCCGACAGGAAGGUCCAGGCCAUCAUGGUCAACAUCUUUGGGGGCAUCAUGAGGUGUGAUGUCAUCGCUCAGGGCAUCAUCAUGGCGGUCACGGAUCUGGACCUCAAGAUCCCUAUCGUUGUCCGGUUACAAGGGACCAGGGUGGACGACGCUAAAGCUCUGAUUGCCGCCAGUCCUCUGAAGAUUCUCGCCUGUGACGACCUUGACGAAGCUGCCAAGAUGGUGGUGAAGCUCUCUGAGAUCAUCUCGCUGGCCAAGGAAGCCCAAGUGGACAUCACCUUCCAGCUGCCUAUCUAAACCUCCCUAUACCCGACCCCCACCCCAACCCCUCUACUGUCAGCUGUUCCCAUCACACACGUACCCAAGCCACGUACACUAGGUCAACACAUCGUACAGCUAUGGUCAAAGCUCUCCAUCGCUCACUCUCGCAUCACUCUCUCUAUUUCUCCUUCCCUCUCUUUCUCCUUCCCUCUCUUUCUCCUUCCCUCUCUUUCUCCCUCCCUCUCUUUCUCCCACCGCUGGUAUGGUGACAUCACACAGUCUCAGGUUGUACUCCGAGGUCAUUCAGAGGUAAACUAUUUGAUAUCUAUUUUCUAGGUCAGGUUGGUCCCCAUCCCCCUUCUCGUGACCUUUUACAUACUACUAACUUAAAGCGCAGAACAACCCACUCACUCCUAUUUCCCUCAGAUAUUUGUGACUGACUUUCAAAGCUAUCUCUAUCCCAACUCCUCAAACUGCAAACGAGUUUGGCUAAACUGAGCUAUGAGUGCAUUCGUGAUGCUGGUUGUUACUGCCAUGACAGGAAAUUCCUUCCUUUGGUUAUAGUCUUUAGGCAUCCCUAGUUGUAGUUCUUAGGCAGCUUUGGUUUUAUAUUUCUGGGAUCUUCAGUUUUAGUCCUAACUAAGUGUCUUUGACUAUUCAGCAGAACACACGAAUGUCGUACUAUCGGUCAGUCAAUGUGGUUAUCUGAGCCCUAGACUCUUCCUGUACCCCUAUUACUCAGAAGCUAGCUCAUGUUCCUCUAUUAGCGUUUCUCUAAAUCCUAUCUCUUAUUAGCCUGACGAUAACUCCUGUAGCUCCUCCAUUAGCUCCUGAUCCUCCACGACCAGCCUGAAGCUAGCACGGACACACUGAGGUGACGCAUGGUGAUGGACCUCACCUCUUUGUCUCUAUUCAUUAUUCAGUGGUCCUAUUUUUGAGCUUAACUCCUUCAAGCGAGCUACCCCUCUACACUCCAAGAGACAGGCACACACUCUAAAGGCUAAAGGGACUAGGUAUUAGCAAGCUAUUACGCCACCGCCUUUCAACUAAUUUCUCCCUUUUAGGAUAUCCUAAUCCGUUCACAGCACGAUUCUUUAGGACCUGCAGCGGCUAUUAAACCCGAUGUAAAACAGAGUUGAUGCAAGAUAGGGUAAACUUCACCUCAACGGUUGUAGACGCCAACAUGCAGCAAACAUAGAUUUGUUCUGUGUUUGCUAACGUAUGCUAGAUGUAUGUUGGCAAAUGCUAGCUAGCCGUGUGAAGGCUAUUUCGGGCUAGUUGUGUGUUUGCUUACGCAACAUAGCGCUGUGUUGCUUAGCUGUGUGUUGUUUAAGGCUAGGUGGCUGUGUGUUGACUAAUGCAAGAUAGUUGGUUGUUGGCUAAUGCAAGCUAUGUUCUGAUUUAUGUUCUGAAAACCCUAGUAAUGUCAAAUAAAAUAACAUUUAGGUUCUUGGUUCAGCACUGAUAAGGUAUUAAUGCGGUUAGUACAUCAUACUAGUAUUCCUGCAGUAUAACUGCAUUUGGCCAGACUGGUCUAAGACGACAACUGUUUGUGUUGUGUCAUCGUACUACACAUCAUAGCCAUCCCUCAAACAACCUUAUGAAAUCUCACUGACUGGUGUCCAAAUCAGAACUGUACAUCUUUUCACCUCUCUCCUCUCUCUCUCCUCCCUCCACCCUCCCUUUCACAACAAGGUGUAAUUGAGCUGUCGGUCGUUUAAUGUGUCUUGUAAAUAACCAAACGGAUGCUCUCUCUUUCUAACGUAUUUAUGGUCCUCUGCCGGGGUACCGCAGAAUGAAAAUACAAAGAAUAAAAUGCUGGUAUGCCACGUUUAUAGUUCACUGUCUUUCUUCAGCCUGUAGUUUCCUAGGAAUGUAGAUGUCACAUUUAUAUACCAGACAUCUUGUCGUGGGUGUGCGUCCCGAUUUUCAUGAUUUACAUUGUGCAUGUAAUGCACAUUGAUUACAUCUGCAUUGAAGCUGCAACUGAAAAUGUAUCCUGCUACACAACAUUCUAGAAACCUGUUGUUUGUGUGAUGUGUACAAAUAAAGUAAGUUCUUAUGGUAGUCAUUCUUCCGGUAUCGUCAUGACAACCCUUUACCACUGGCCACUUUAAAAUUACACAAUGCUCCUCUGCUCUGCAAUCAUGUCCCCAAUCUAUCAUCCAUCACAUUUUCUGGGAUUGAUUGAUAAUGGCUUUGAAAUCCUCCGCCCAGCCUCGUUAGUCUGUUAGCCUGUUGCUAGACGACGAAGAUCACUUGUCAAAGAUAAAUGGAGCUCAAGUCAGCAGGAAAAUAUUAGCUGCAGAGUGGAGUGGACUCUUUAAAAGUUUUAAAAAAAGUCAAGUUCCUCUAGUACCAGCAGCUCAACUGUGUGCUGAGGUAAAACUGUGUCUAGUCUUCCCCUAAAAUCCUCUGACUUCAAAUGUAAGUAAGGACCCACAGAGGUCAAUACAUGAUAGACCGCCUAACUGGGCUGACGGAGGAUUUAGUCUCAACGUUUGUCUAACGUCACUGGUCGUUGCUGUCGUCUACAAUCACGAGCACACACACGGACCCGCACAUUGUUUUGCAGCCAAUACAUCAGCCAAGUCAAUACACCUCUAGGUGUAUUGACACCUAGAUGUGACCUAGAGGUCACCUCAGGCGCCUCUAAAUUAAAUGUAUUAUUAUUAUUAGGUGGUUUCAGAGUACAUCUGUGUGUCAUGAGGGUGGUGAUGUGUUGGUUAUUAUGAUUGCAGGGG